AUGGCAAGUAGCAAAACCACCGUUCCACUCCUUAUUCUUUUGCUUUCUCUGUUUUUGAAGUUUCUCAUGGUUGAAGCUCUUACAAUCAAUUCUAAUGACAUUGAUCUCAACAAAGCUUGCAUUGAGGAAGAGCGGAAAGCGCUUCUUGAAUUCAAACAUGGCCUGUAUGAUCCUUCAGGUAGGCUUUCUUCCUGGAUUGGUGCUAAUUGCUGCAAGUGGACAGGUGUUGAUUGCAACAAUCGGACAGGGAAUGUUGUCAAGGUUGACCUCAGAGAUCGUGGCUUCUUUCUUUUGGGUGGUGAGAUAAGUGGUUCCUUACUUGACUUGAAACAUUUAACUUACCUGGACCUAAGUCUUAAUGAUUUUCAAGGAAUUCCAAUUCCAAAUUUCUUGGGCUCAUUUGAAAGGUUGAGAUACCUUAAUCUCUCUAAUGCAGCAUUUGGUGGAAUGAUUCCUCCUCAUCUUGGAAAUUUAUCACAGUUACGUUAUCUUGAUCUUUUUGGAGGAGGAGAUUAUCCAAUGAGGGUUUCUAAUUUAAAUUGGCUUUCUGGUCUUUCUUCUUUAAAAUACCUUGAUCUGGGGUAUGUGGACCUUAGUAAAACAACCACAAAUUGGAUGCAAGCUGUAAACAUGCUUCCAUUUUUGUUAGAAUUACAUUUGUCCGUUUGUGAACUCAGUCACUUCCCUCAGUACUCCAAUCCAUUUGUUAAUUUGACUUCGGUUUUGGUCAUUGAUCUCUCAUACAACAAUUUCAACACUACUUUGCCUGGCUGGUUGUUUAACGUCAGUACCCUUACGGAUCUUUAUUUAAAUGGUGGUGCAAUUAAAGGUCCGAUUCCCCAUGUUAACUUGCGACGCCUUUGCAACUUGGUGACCUUAGAUCUCUCAUACAAUAGUAUUGGAGGUGAAGGAAUUGAAUUCCUGAGUCGAUUAUCAGCAUGCACUAAUAAUUCCUUGGAAGAGUUAAACUUGGGCGGUAAUCAAGUCAGUGGUCAGUUGCCAGAUUCAUUAGGGCUCUUUAAGAAUUUAAAAUCCCUGGACUUGAGCUAUAAUAGUUUUGUUGGUCCUUUCCCCAAUUCAAUUCAAUACCUUACCAACUUAGAGAGUCUUUAUCUGAGUAAAAACUCCAUCUUAGGUCCAAUUCCAACAUGGAUUGGAAACUUGCUGCGGAUGAAGAGACUUGGCUUGUCAUUCAAUCUAAUGAAUGGGACGAUUCCAGAAAGUAUUGGAGAACUUAGAGAGCUAACUGAGUUGUCUCUUGAUUGGAAUUCUUGGGAAGGGGUAAUAUCUGAAAUUCAUUUCAGUAAUCUUACAAAACUGGAGUAUUUCUCUUUACACUUAUCACCCAAAAAUUAG